CUGGACGCCUCCCUGGACCAGUACGUGCAGAUCCGCAUCUUCAAGAUCAUCGUGAUCGGCGACUCCAACGUGGGCAAGACUUGCCUGACCUUCCGCUUCUGCGGCGGCACCUUCCCCGACAAGACCGAAGCCACCAUCGGCGUGGACUUCCGCGAGAAGACUGUGGAGAUCGAGGGCGAGAAGAUCAAGGUGCAGGUCUGGGACACAGCUGGUCAGGAGCGGUUCCGGAAGAGCAUGGUUGAACACUACUAUCGCAAUGUGCAUGCUGUUGUCUUUGUCUAUGAUGUGACUAAAAUGACUUCCUUCACCAACCUCAAGACAUGGAUUGAAGAGUGCAAUGGGCAUGCUGUGCCCCCUCUCGUCCCCAAGGUGCUUGUUGGGAACAAAUGUGACUUAAGAGAACAAAUUCAGGUGCCGUCCAAUGUGGCCCUGAAAUUUGCUGAUGCCCACAACAUGCUUUUGUUUGAAACCUCAGCCAAGGACCCUAAAGAGAGUCAAAAUGUGGAGUCAAUUUUCAUGUGCCUGGCUUGCCGAUUGAAGGCUCAAAAGUCCCUGCUUUAUCGAGAUAUGGAGAGGCAACAGGGAAGGGUGCAGAAACUGGAGCUCAGACAAGAUGAUAACAGCAAAAAUUCUUGUCCUUGCUGAACAAAGGCCGUAAAUUCUAGAUGGAUAUUAUGGGAGGAAGGGUUUUGUGCCUGUGUAAAACUAAUAUUUGCUUGUUUCAACAUAAAUAUUAACAAUAAAAUUUGUAACAAUGA